CUAAAACAGCAGAGAGAUGUUCAUAUUACUUUGCAGGAUCUCAGACCGUGGCGGUGGCAUUCCUCACAGCAUUUUGGAUCAGGUGAUGGAUUACCACUUCAGCACAGCUGAACAGAGCGCCCAGGAUCCCCGCAUGAGCAACCUUUUCAACAACAUUACCAACAGCGGCCCCCAGUCUGGACCCAUGCAUGGGUUUGGCUUUGGCCUGCCUACAUCUCGGGCAUACGCCGAAUACUUGGGAGGUUCCUUGGCCAUCCAGUCGAUGCAGGGCAUUGGCACAGACGUCUACCUGCGUCUCCGGCACAUUGAUGGCAAAGGAGAGAGCUUCAGAGUUUGAUGACAUGGUCUGUUCAUAGAGCUUUUGGUCAUUUUCUAUGUUGAAGAUUUUAAGGCUCGAAGUCGAACCAAAACCAGGAUGUUCAACAGUUGUCACUGUUUCACACAUAUUACCUGUCACUGCAUCAGUAUCACAAUUUGGAUCACGUUUUCUGCAGAUUAUGGGUGUCAUGCUUGCGAUUCGCACUGUGUUGUGUUUGUGUAGUGCACUGUGAUUUCUGUAAAACUUUCAGCCUUAAAAAUACAAAGUGAUUUCAUGAUUAAAAUCCAAUGUGUUACUGUCCACGGUCACCAGUGGGACGAGUCCUUGCACUCCAGACUCCUGCAGAAGAUGCUCUCCAGACAGCCAUAUCCUGCUUUUCUUCAGAAAUAUGAGUGAAUUUUGAACUCUUUGGAGAUUGUGUUCACUGCAGUUGUGAACACAGAAGUCUUCUAUGAACUCAGUCUGAAUAGAGAUUGACUGCCUUACGAAAAAAAACUUGUCAUUCUUGCUUUUGACAUUUCACAUUAACCACAUGAGCUUAAUAGUUUGUUGUAGAUUUCAUGCUUGAAAUUGUUUGCUAAAAAGGCUCUUGGGGUUCUAGCACAGCGUAGAAUAUAA